AAUAAUUUUCUAUUGGCAACGCUGGUUAUUUGAUUGAUUGCCUAUUUGAGGUUAUGUUUGAACAGGUUAUGAAUUUCUUUAAACGAGUUGUAUUUUAAUUCAAUUAUUUUUAAAAUAAACGAUUAUGGACGCCUCAAAGACUGAAAUGCUGUCGUGCUGUUUCAAAUCAGAGAGUGGAGAAGUAGCUGGUGACAUGAUGGAAUUACCUCUAGACUGUACUGUUCAACAACUCACACUGAUUUGUAAUGCAAUUUUGCAUCAGGAGGAUCCUAUGCCGUAUUUAUUCUACGUCAAUAAUACUGAAAUAACAGACUCCUUACAAAAGGCUUUGAACGUGUCUGACCUGAAAAUUGAAGGAGUUGUAGAUAUAAUUUAUCAACAACAGGCAAUUUUCAAAGUUCGUCCAGUGACAAGAUGUACAAGUUCUAUGCCAGGACAUGCUGAGGCAGUGAUUUCAGUCAGUUUUAGUCCAGAUGGAAAACAUUUAGCAAGUGGUUCUGGAGAUACUACAGUCAGAUUUUGGGACGUUAAUACACAAACUCCAAGUUUUACAUGUAAACAGCAUACAAACUGGGUUUUGUGUAUAGCAUGGUCUCCAGAUAGUAUGAAACUUGCAUCAGCUUGCAAGGAUGGUAAAAUUAAUAUUUGGGAUCCAUUUACUGGAAACCAGCUAGGAAAAACAAUGGUAGGGCAUAAGCAAUGGAUUACAAGUUUGUGUUGGGAACCAUACCAUAAGAAUCCCGAAUGCAGGCUAUUGGCAAGCUCGUCAAAAGAUGGCGAUAUUCGAAUAUGGAAUACUGUAUUAUGUAGGACAGAACUUACGAUUUCCGGUCAUACAAAGUCUGUAACUGUAGUUAAAUGGGGUGGUUCAGGACUCAUUUACUCAGCAUCUCAGGAUAGAACUGUCAAGGUAUGGCGUGCAAAGGAUGGGGUGUUAUGUAGAACUCUAGAUGGACAUGCCCACUGGGUUAAUACGUUAGCUUUGAAUACAGAUUACAUUUUGAGAAUAGGUGCUUUUGAUCCUGUCAAGGACUCUGAUAAAGAUACAAUAGUGCCAGACAAGAAGAAAUCACAAGACUUUGCUUUGAAGAGGUAUUAUGGGGUGACAGAACCCAUUGGUGAGAGAUUAGUAUCAGGUUCAGAUGAUUUCACCCUAUUCCUUUGGGAUCCAGAGAAGGACAGGAAACCAUUGGCAAGGCUAACAGGUCAUCAACAACUUGUCAAUGACGUCAAAUUUUCUCCUGACGGUAGACUACUGGCCUCAGCUUCUUUCGAUAAAUCCAUAAAAUUGUGGGAUUCAAAAACAGGCAAAUUCAUUUGUACAUUCCGGGGACACGUUCAAGCUGUUUAUAUGGUUUCUUUUUCUGCUGAUUCUCGGCUCAUGGUAAGCGGAAGUGCUGAUUCUACUUUAAAACUGUGGAAUUUGAAAACGAAAAAGCUAGAGAUUGACUUACCUGGUCAUGGUGACCAGAUUUAUGCUGUAGACUGGUCUACAGAUGGAUUGAAAGUUGCAUCAGGGGGAAAAGAUAAAGUCUUAAGGUUAUGGCAAAAUUAAAUUCAAUAAAUGAUUUUUAUACAUA